AAGUGCAAAGCAGCCACAGCAAUAUUUAGCCACAGAGCCACAGCAGGGUCAAGCUAUAGGGCCGAAGCAUAUCAGAGCUAAGAAGCAAGCCAGGAGGUCACAAGAGGAUCAAGUCAUAGAACUACUAAAGAACUGA